AUGGAUCCUAUUUCCGCCGAAAACACACUCGCGUAUCAUGGACUUUGGAUGAAAUCAACGACCACCGAUGGAGUUACUUCAGCGCACACUCCCCCUGAUCAAAUCAAGUCGCUGAUCAGGACCUUUCUUGAGGAUAUCGGCUUUGAUCGCAGCAUUCACGUAGUUCAAGACCAUGAGAUGACAAGGGCGGUUUGGCAGUACUUUCAAAGUCUCGAACUAGGAGAGAAGACUGAGCAAUCGGUCCAACAAACCCUCCACCCUUCGGUAAAUUUUGCAUAUCACGGGUAUACGACUCUUCCCUUCCAGGUGAGGGUGCUCGGUGCCAUUCAAUUCCUCUAUAUGUUUCUAGUGGAUGAUGUGGCGGAGGAAUUCAUCGAGGACCUUCAAGCAUUUGGUCAGAACUUUGUUCUGAAUCAACAACACAAGCAUCCGGUCCUUGCUGGGUUGGAUUCUCACCUUCGCAACCUGUCGCAUUAUUACGGUCCAUACUGCCAUUCGGUGAUGAUCAAAGGCAUGCUUGAUUACAUCAAUGGUCGUAUUAUCGAGCAUAAGAUCAAAGUGUCCAAGUUCCAGUUCUCCUCCGCGUCCCGUCUCAUGCCUAUGUUCUUAAGAAGCAAGGUCGGGGGCGCAGAGAUCAUGAUCCAUUUUCUCUAUCCCAAUUCUGUCUUUCCCGAAGAGGAAUUCGUGAUGAAAUAUUUCCCCGUCACCUUGGAGCUUGUGCUCUUCAUUGAUUUUACCAAUGACAUCUUGUCGUAUUACAAGGAGUUCUGUCUCAGCAAUGAAACAGGCAAUUUCGUGUCGAAUUUCGCCGAUACGCAUCAUGUCCAGCAUGUAGAUGUCUUGCGAUAUCUCACGAGCUAUACGCCAGAGGUCAUAAAGUCGGCUUAUAAACAGCUUCAAUCCAAUCCUUCGCUGCUCGCUUUGAUCAAGGAUUUCACGCAGGGAAUGAUCAUGCUCUUCACGGCGCAUCGUCGAUACCAUCUAGUGGAGUUGUUUGCAGAGGAGCAAUAUUUGCCACCUUAUGACGAGGAUGCAUAG